AUGUCCGUUGAACAGAACAACGUUUCUCUCGAGAAGGACUUAGCCCCUGUGACGACAGAGGGAAGCCCUGAUGGUGUCAAUGGAACAGGCGCUCCUGUGACCCAACAUUUAACGGCUGAGGAGACCGCCAGAGCGGCUGCCCGCUUUGGAUACGGCCCUCUGUCCCAUGUCAACACCAAAGAGGCUAUGCUCCGUCCGUUCGGCGGUGAGUUCCAGCCCGGUCUAUACAAAUCGGUCGAGAGUCGCAAGUUCGCCAACCCGGCUCCUCUGGGCCUGUGUGCUUUCGCUCUCACCACUUUCGUGCUGAGCGCAAUCAACAUGGGGGCGCGCGAUAUCACUGCGCCCAAUAUUGUGGUGGCCCUGGCUUUCGGCUAUGGUGGUCUUGUCCAAUUGCUUGCGGGCAUGUGGGAAAUGGCCGUCGGUAACACUUUUGGUGCCACUGCUCUGUCCUCGUAUGGUGGUUUCUGGCUCUCGUUUGCGAUCGUCCUGACCCCGGGUGGGUUCAACAUCCAGUCGCAACUUAAGAGCGCAGACAGUGGUGGUACUGCCAUGUUCGACAACUCUUUCGGCUUGUUCCUCAUGGGAUGGUUCAUUUUCACGACCAUUCUGCUCUUCUGCACCCUGAGGUCCACAGUGGCAUUCUUCUUCCUGUUCUUUUUCCUUGACAUUACCUUCCUCCUGCUUGGUAUCGGAUACAUCCACCGUGACAGCGAGGGUAAGCCCAACCCCCCAAUCAUCAAGGCGGGUGGCUUCUUUGGCCUGUUGGCGGCGUUCUUUGCGUGGUACAAUGCUUUGGCGGGUAUGGCAGACGACAGCAACAGCUUCUUCAUCUUCCCCGUGGCUCACUUCCCCUGGUCCCCCACUGCUCGCAGCCGCUCGCAGAAGAAGACCGAGCGGGAGACUGUUUAA